AGAGAGAGAGAGAGAGAGAGAGAGAGAGAGAGAGAGGCCAUUGAAAUGGAGCAAGAGAAGGCAGUGAUUAUAGUCGGGGCUGGCCCGUCCGGCCUCGCCAUGGCCGGAUGUCUAAGCCAGCUUGCAAUCCCAUACGUAGUCUUGGAAAGAGAGGACUGUUUUGCUUCCCUGUGGAAAAAGUAUUCAUAUGACCGUCUCCACCUCCACCUUCAAAAGCAGUUCUGUGAGCUUCCCCACAUGCCAUUUCCACCUUCUUGUCCCACCUACGUGCCCAAGAAUCAGUUUAUCCAAUACUUGGACGACUAUGUGUCCCGUUUCAAGAUUAGUCCCAUCCUGUACCACAGAAAUGUUGAGUCUGCAAACUAUGAUGAAGCUUCUGAGAGAUGGGUUGUGAAGGCGGUGACUAAUAGUAAUACUGGUGGCUCUGGUGAGAUGGAGGAGUAUUUUGGGAGGUUUUUGGUGGUUGCUACAGGGGAAACAACCAACCCAUAUACACCAGAGGUUCAAGGUUUGAACACUUUUGCUGGGGAUGUUCUUCACUCAACUCAGUUCAAAUCUGGGAAGGGGUUCAAAAACAAGAACGUUUUGGUUGUUGGGUCUGGGAAUUCCGGGAUGGAAAUUGCUCUAGACCUAGCAAACCUUGGUGCGAAGGCUUCCAUCAUCGUUCGAAGCCCGAUCCAUGUUUUGUCAAGGGGGAUGGUUUACUUGGGCCCGGUUUUGUUCAAAUAUUUUUCGCUAAACAUGGUGGACUCUUUGGUGGUUUUGCUUAGCAAGCUGGUUUAUGGAGACUUAACCAAGUAUGGGAUAGAGAGGCCAACAGAGGGUCCCUUUUAUAUGAAGGUCAAGUACGGCAAGUAUCCAACCAUUGAUGUUGGAACAUGUAAGAAGAUCAAGUCCGGUGAGAUUCAGGUCUUGCCAGCAGAAAUCAGCAGCAUAAGAGGCAGCGAUGUUGAAUUGAAAAACGGCAAGUCGUACCAAUUUGAUGCAAUUGUUUUCUGCACCGGGUUCAAGAGAUCAACGAACUUGUGGCUCAAGGGGGAUGAUUAUCUUUUAAACGAUGAUGGACUUGCAAGACAAAGUUUCCCUAACCAUUGGAAGGGAAAGAACGGUUUAUAUUGUGUGGGAUUAUCAAGAAGAGGAAUAUAUGGGUCUGGUGUGGAUGCCCAAAACAUAGCAAAUGAUAUCAAGUCAUUUCUAUAGUAACCAAACUGAAGAAGGUCAACAGUCGAGUUUACCUCCCUAUGUUUUUUUAUUUUAUCGUUUUUGGUUGUGAAAGUGAAAAAGCUUGCUGCAAUGUAGACGAAUAAUUAAU